GAAACGCCGCUCCAGCCACUCCCUACGCCCGGCAGAGCCCGAGCUCCCAGAUCCAUCCGGAGCUCCAUUCACUGAGCCACAUCCAGCGCCAGGCAGCCGGGAAGGGUCCUGCAGAAGUGGACAGCCACCUGGGGCUCGAACCUCCAGCGCGCAGAGUGGAUUUAGAAGCAGAGGAACUCCAGCAGAGAUAAAGAGGAGGGGGUCGCCUACAGCCAACAUGGAGGGGAAGGCGUCACUUCUAGACAACAUGAUUGGGGUGGGGGACAUGGUCCUCCUGGAACCCUUGUCUGAAGACUCGUUUCUGGAGAACCUGAAGAAGCGCUUCGACCACAAUGAAAUCUACACGUACAUCGGCAGCGUGGUGAUCUCCAUGAACCCCUACAGGUCCCUGCCCAUCUACACGCCAGAAAAAGUGGAGGAGUAUCGCAACAGGAACUUCUACGAACUCAGCCCCCACAUCUAUGCUUUGGCAGAUGAGGCCUAUCGCUCUCUUCGGGACCAGGACAAGGACCAGUGCAUCCUCAUCACGGGGGAGAGUGGAGCUGGGAAAACGGAGGCCAGCAAGCUGGUGAUGUCAUAUGUGGCGGCGGUGUGUGGGAAGGGCCAGGAGGUGAACAAGGUCAAGGAGCAGCUGCUGCAGUCCAACCCCGUUCUGGAGGCUUUUGGAAAUGCCAAAACUGUACGAAACGACAACUCUUCAAGAUUUGGAAAGUACAUGGACAUUGAGUUUGAUUUCAAGGGAGAUCCUCUGGGUGGAGUCAUCAGCAACUAUCUGCUGGAGAAGUCUCGUGUGGUUAAACAGCCCAGAGGAGAAAGGAACUUCCACGUCUUUUACCAGCUCUUGUCGGGAGCUUCUGACGAGACACUCAAGAAGCUGAAACUGGACCGGGACGUCAGCAAGUACAAUUACCUGUGCUUGGACUCCGCCUCCGUCAGUGGUGUGGAUGACGCAGCCAACUUCAGGACCGUCAGAAAUGCCAUGCAAAUCGUGGGCUUCAUGGAGGACGAGGUGCAGUCGGUGCUGCAGUUGGUGGCCGCCGUGCUGAAGCUCGGCAACAUCGAGUUCAAGCCGGAGUCUCGCUCCAACGGCCUGGACGAGAGCCGCGUCAAAGACAAAAACGAUUUGAAGGAGAUGUGUGAGCUGCUGGGAAUUGAACAGUCAGUGCUGGAGAGAGCCUUCAGCUACCGUACAGUGGAGGCGAAGUCAGAGAAGGUGUCCACCACCCUAAAUGUGGCCCAGGCCUACUACGCCCGAGACGCCCUCGCCAAAAACCUCUACAGUCGCCUUUUCAGCUGGCUGGUCACCAGGAUCAAUGGAAGCAUAAAAGCACAAGCGAAGACUCGCCACAAGGUGAUGGGGGUUCUGGACAUCUACGGCUUUGAGAUAUUUGAGGAAGGAGACAACAGCUUUGAGCAGUUCAUCAUCAACUACUGCAACGAGAAGCUGCAGCAGAUUUUCAUCGAGUUGACGCUGCGGGAGGAGCAGGAGGAGUACAUCCGAGAGGGCAUCGAGUGGACCAACAUCGAGUACUUCAACAAUGCUGUCAUCUGUGACCUCAUGGAGAACAACCAAAACGGCAUCUUGGCCAUGUUGGAUGAGGAGUGCCUGCGACCCGGGACCGUCACCGAUGAGACCUUUUUGGACAAACUGAACACGAUCUGUGCAGAACAUCAGCACUUUGAGAGUCGCCUCAGCAAGAAUUCAAAGUUCCUGACUGACCACAGCCUUCCACACAACUGCUUCCGCAUUCAGCACUACGCUGGCAAGGUGCUGUACCGGGUAGAAGGCUUCGUUGACAAGAACAACGACCUGCUGUACCGGGACUUGUCACAGGCCAUGUACAAGGCCAACCACAACCUCAUCAAACAGCUGUUCCCUGAAGGUAGUCCAGCCAAAAUCAACCUAAAGAGACCCCCCACUGCUGGAUUUCAGUUCAAAGCAUCUGUUGGCACACUGAUGAGGAACCUGCAGACCAAGAACCCAAACUACAUCCGGUGUAUCAAGCCCAACGAUAAGAAGGCCUCCCACAUCUUCACGGAGUCCCUGGUGUGCCAUCAGGUGCGUUACUUGGGCCUCAUGGAGAAUGUCCGUGUGCGGAGAGCGGGCUACGCCUUCCGUCAGGCCUACGAGCCCUGCCUGGAGCGCUACAAGAUGCUCUGCAAGAAGACCUGGCCGCACUGGAAAGGACCUGCCAGGCAAGGAGUGGAGGUGCUGAUGGCUGACCUGAAGGUUCCCGCAGAGGAGUACUCCUACGGCCGCUCCAAGAUCUUCAUCAGGAACCCAAGAACGCUUUUCUUCCUGGAGGAGAGAAGGAGGCAGUGUUUACAGGACCUAGCCGCCCUCAUUCAGAAGAUCUACCGGGGUUGGAAGUGCCGCAGACAGUUCCUACUGAUGAAGAAGAGCCAGGUGGUGGUGGCGGCGUGGUACCGUCGAUAUGCGCAAGAAAAGAAGUACAAGAAGAUCAAACGUGCCACCACGGUGAUGCAGUCCUACGCUCGAGGCUGGCAGGCUCGCAAGCUCCUGAGACAGCUGAAGCACCAAAAGAGGUGUGAGGAGGCGGCAACCACCAUCGCUGCUUACUGGCACGGCACACAGGCUCGGAUGGAGCUGAGGCGUCUAAAAGAAGAAGUGCGGAAUAAACACGCCGUGACAGUAAUUUGGGCGUACUGGCAGGGAACCAAGGCCCGGACAGAGCUGCGUCAGCUGAAGGAGGAGGCGAGGAAUAAACAUGCUGUGUCGGUCAUUUGGGCCGGCUGGCAGGGCACCAAGGCUCGCAGGGAGCUCAGGAGACUGAAGGAGGAGGCCAGGCGUAAGCAUGCGGUUGCUGUCAUUUGGGCCUACUGGCAGGGACUGAAGGUCCGCAGGGAGUACAGGAAGUUCUUCAGGGCGAACGCAGGCAAGAAGAUCUACAACUUCACAGUCCAGAGAAUAAUUCAGAAGUACUUCCUCAACCUGAGGAAAAACCUGCCCUCCAUGUCUCCCAUUGAUAAGAGCUGGCCAACCAGACCCUACUCCUUCCUAGACGGCGUCCACACAGAGCUCCGGAGGAUCUUCCACCUUUGGAGGUGCAAGAAAUACAGGAGCCAGUUCACAGAGGAGAAGAAGGCCGUGUACGAAGAGAAGCUGGAGGCGAGCAAGCUCUUCAAAGACAGAAAGGCUCUGUAUCCAAGCAGCGUGAGCCAAUCCUUCAAAGGAGAUUACCUGGAGAUCAACAAGAACCCCAAGUAUCAGAAACUGCACAGCGCCGUGGAUGAGAAGGUUCUGCUGGCCGACACCAUCAGCAAGAUCAACAGGGCUAACGGAAAGGGUACACCUCGUAUUUUCCUCCUGACGAAGAAGAGCGUCGUCCUGGCUGACCAGAAAACGGGUCAGGUGAAGGCCAGCGUCCCUCUGCUGGACCUCGCCAGCGUGUCGGUCAGCAAGCAGAGCGACGGAUUCUUUGCUCUCAAACUCAAGGAGGGCUCAGCCUCGGCUGUGAAAGGCGAUUUCCUCCUGAGCAGCGAGCGCCUGAUCGAAAUCAUCACCAAACUUUACCGCCUCAGCGCCGCCAACGCGGAGCGGGUGCCGCUCAGCGUGGACAUCUCAGACGAGUUCCUGGUCCAGUUCAAAACUGACAAGGUGUGCGUGAAAUUCAUCCAGGGGAGCCCCAGGAACGGCAACAGCGCGUCCUGCAAGCGCAAAAACAACCGCCUGCUGGAGGUGUCCGUGCCAUCAACGCCGUAGCUCCAGCUCGCCACCCUCAAACAUCACCUCGGAGCGCUCAACGUGCACUUCUGUCCUGGUCUCCUCCAGAUUUCAGAUUUUUUUUUUUUUUUUAAUCUACAGCUGAAAUGAUUUGGGGUUUUUUGGCAAAGAAAGCCCCGGUGCGGGUUGCGUGCCACAAAUCAAGAGCUGCAGCUGCUGAAUCAGAAUUUUGCUUUAGUUUCCGUUGAUUGUCCUGGCCGUACGAGCUGCAGCCCAAACUGCUCGCCAUUCUUCUGCUUUUAAGCUGCUCCUGCACGGCGGCGUAAAACUGAGAGGAACUGCAGGCAGGGUUUGGGCGCAGCCGGUCGGGCCGCUGCACCCGCUUUCACAUUUCUAAGAAAAAGAGGAUGACCAGAAAAAAAGUUUGAUUGUAUUUUUUUUUCCUCUUGAAUGAAAGCACAGAAGGUGGUUGAGUCAUUUCUAUUUUUGUCUGUUUGCAUCCAUGAUGUGCCGUUGAAUGCGUUUGUGCAUCCGGUCGGUUCCAACGCAGCCAAAAGAACCUGGAUUGUGCUUUAUUGCAUUUGUGAUGGACGCCAUCGUAACACUAGAAGGGUUGAAAGCUCCUGAUGAUUCAGACCCCAAAACUCUCUCUGUGCCACAAAGCAAAAUCGUAUUUUUGUGUGCAAUAUGUUUUUGGCCCUUCUUUCUGGAGAACGAUGGCGAGGAAACCAAAGGAGUCCCCGUGCCAGAAGCCGUGUAAAUAAGCUGUCGCCGUGACUUGGACAAAGGGUUGCUCAGUACCCUAACUUUAAUCGCUGUUUGUAAAAUUUCUCCUUUUGCUUCCACAGUUUUGGGUUCUUGUAGUGACCUCUGACCUGAUUCAUAGUGGGGGGGUUAAACCAAGCACACCUACGCAGUAAAUCCCUGAUGUAUUCUGAGAAAAGUUGGAAAAGAAAAGCAGGUACUUCAGAAAUAGGCAAACUCUACAAGAAUCAAAGGCGUCGGAGGGCUGACUUGUGCGGUUUCUUCUGGUGCUUGGACCUGGUGACAUCAUCAUCAGGUGCUUUUGAAUGUCAUGCGUGACCAUGGGGAGGUGGAAAGGGGAGGGGGGGUUGCUCUGCUUUCUUCCCCAUCCUUUCUUCUUUUGUCCCAUAUCUGCAGAUGUGUGCCUGAUGCCAACCUGCGCUAUUAGAAAGAAAAAUGUUUUAGUAGAACUCUGUGUAACAUUUGCUAGUAUUGCAUUUUUUUUAAAUUAAAUGGAAAUAAAUAAACGAAUAAAUAAUGUAAACGUU